CGGGGGCCGUGGACGUCCUCACGCUGCAGGAGAACAUCAUGAAUAUCACCUUCUGCAAGCUAGAGGACGAGAAGUGUCCGCACUGCCAGUCGGGCGUGGACCCGGUGCUGCUGAAGCUCAUCCGCCUGGCGCAGCUCACCAUCGAGUACCUGCUGCACUCGCAGGAAUUCCUCACGGCGCAGCUGCACACGCUGGAGGAGCGCCUGCGCCUGAGCCUGGCCGACUGCGAGCAGAGCAAGAAGCUGGUCGCCAAGCAGGCCGGGGAGAUCAGGCUGCUCAAGGAUGAGUGUAAACGCAGGAAAAAGAUGAUCUCCACCCAGCAGCUAAUGAUCGAGGCCAAAGCCAGCUAUUACCAGUGCCAUUUUUGUGACAAGGCUUUUAUGAACCAAGCUUUUCUACAAAGUCAUAUUCAGCGCCGCCAUCCUGAAGAUUCUCACCUUGAGUAUAAGAAAAAGGCUCAGACCGAUAAGCUCCAGGGUGAGAUCGACAUAUUGAAGGAGCAGCUGCAGCUCACCAAGUCCCAGCUGGAGGCAGCCCAGCAUGCCCAGGCAGUCAGACUCUCUAAGGAAUAUGAAAUGCAGAGAUCAAAAGAGGAAGAAUUUCUGAAGUUAUUUGAUAGAUGGAAAGAAGAAGAAAAGGAAAAGCUAGUUGGUGAAAUGGAAAAAGUCAAGGAGAUGUUUAUGAAGGAGUUUAAGGAGUUAACUACUAAGAAUUCAGCAUUAGAAUAUCAAUUGUUAGAAAUACAGAAGUCCAAUAUGCAGAUCAAGUCCAACAUAGGCACGUUGAAAGAUGCCCAUGAGUUUAAAGAAGACCGUCCUCAGCAUCCCCAGGAUUUCCAAAAUGUGAUGCAACUUCUUGAUAGUCAGGAAAGCAAGUGGACAGCUCGAGUUCAAGCCCUUCAUCAAGAACACAAGAAAGAAAAGGGCCGGCUCCUGUCACAUAUAGAGAAACUUCGGACCUCAAUGAUAGAUGAUCUAAAUGCAAGUAAUGUUUUCUACAAGAAGAGGAUAGAAGAGCUAGGGCAAAGACUCCAGGAACAGAAUGAGCUGAUUAUUACCCAGAGACGGCAGAUUAAGGAGUUUACCAGUAAACCAUUAAACAGUGUCAGUGAACCCAAAGGGAAUCCUUUAACCUGGCAAAGUUUUGAAUCUAAGCCAACUGCCCCAGCUGUACCUAGAAGAGAGAAUGAGCAGAAAUUAAAUAACAACAAGAUACAUUUAAGGAAAGCCUUGAAGAAUAAUCCUUCCCUCACUAAGGAAAUCAGAGCAAUUUUAGAGCAGAGUUUGGUGGAGAAACUGGAAACCUUGGGGAUUAAUGCAGAUAUACGAGGUAUCCCCAGCGAUCACUUGACUAGAGUGCUGAGAUUGGUGGAAUCGGCAAGACAGGAGAGAGAAAGACAAAUACCUAACUUUCAGCAAAUCCGAGAAGUUCUUGAACGUAAGGUCAGCUGUAAAACUGAGGAGAGAACGCUACUGUCUUCAGAUAAGUACAGUGUCUCUCAAAUGGAUUCCUUUUCAACUGGAGAAAUCCCCAAAGCGGUACAGCUUCCUCCAAAAAGCAGACAUUUGGUUAGACAAAGACCUGUUUUUACUGAUAGGACAUCUGUUCCAAAAAUUAGGAAAAAUAUCAUAGAAGAGCAUUUUCCCAGAAAGCCUCCAGCUGUGACGACUCCCCCCUUCAGUUCCGAGGAGGAGUUGGAUGAUGACCACCUCAUACAGGCAUAUACGUCCCCAGAAUUACUUCCUAUGCGGCCAUGGAGAAGCAACAAGAGUAGCUUUGGAAAGAACACUGCCAAGAGUGAUACUGACUGGACUGAGGGAAGUGAAAAUGAGGAUUCUGAUGCCUCUCCCAAGCCCACAGGAACUUCCAUUAAAACCCUAACUGAAAAAGUUGAAAAGACGGUUUCAAAUCCCAGAAAUGUUAAUAAACCGUUUGGUGGAAUUAAUGUUGCUGAAGCAUUCAUCAAAAAAGAAGUACAAGAAGAACUAAAGUGUGCAGAUGUGGAUGAUGAUGACUGGGACAUAUCAUCUUUAGAGGAAGAAAAAUCUUUGGGGAAAAGAACUGAGAAAGACCGGAAGGAACCUCCAGUCGUGAAGAACGAACCGAAUUCAACCCACGUUGCAAGUGCAUGGGGUGCAUCUAAUCCUAACGAGCCAAAGGGAGAAGGCCUUCAAGAAAAUGAAUCAAGCACAUUAAAAAGCAGCUUAGUAACUGUGACUGACUGGAGUGACUCCUCAGAUGUGUAACUAAAAUCCCGAGCGUCAGAAGGUUCUUUCAGAAGACAGCAGUAUUGCAGUCUCCCAGGAUUUCACUGGCCUGCCUACAGGACUAAGCUCAUGCCCUACAGUAUUUCUCCCACAAGAACAAGGAAGCCGAUUCAGAGAACACGACUCUCUUUAAUGGCAUCAAUACAGUACUGAAAAACAAACUGUCAGCAGUAUUUUGAAGCAGAUAAAGGUGUUUAAGUCUUCUGCUGCUCAAAAAUAACGUGUCACUGAAGUCAUAAAAAGUUCUUUCUUCAGAACGGUACUCUAGUGUUAAGUGUUUUCUUCAACUAAUUUUUAAGUGAAAUUUUUUUUUCAACUUGUAGCAGGUUUUGGUUUGGAAAUAUUAAAGCUUUUUUAAAAAUAUCUACUUUCUUAUAUAAGUUGCCACAUAUAAAAUUAUAAGUGUUGUAAAAUUCUGUUAGUAUCUUUACAAUUGAAUUAGCAGAAUCAGUGAAAGCUUGGGAGUAGACUGGUUAUUUUCAUAUAGAAGUUUACAAUUUUAACAGUAUAGCUAGGCCCGUUUUAAACACGUUUUCCUGAGGUACUGUCAUCAUAGGCAGCACUGAGCCACUGUUAAGCAUGUUGCUAUUAAAACGAUUAUUUUAAAACUUAAAAUCCUAUUUCAAGCAGAAUAAUCCUUACCGUGGAUAUUUUAUGAAUAAAACGUAGCCAUUUUAAAUGCCAGUUUAUCAGAAUAUGAGUAGAAAAGAUUGAGUCAUUACUGAAUUCGUAUGUGUAUGCAGUUUUUUUCUUUUUUAAACUUUUUUAAAUGCCCAAUCCAUAUUAUAAAAUACCUUAAAACUAAUUUAGCUAUGUUCUUGAACAAUGCCAUUGUCAAAGGUCAGAAAAUUCAUAUAAAAUGUUUUUGCAUUUUUAAACUUUGUGGUACUAUCUGUACUGUUUCCAAAAAAGUAACAUUUUAACUAAAAGUAACAUCUGUUGGGUUUUGGAUCUCUCUUUCUUUUGUGAACCUCUCAAGUAAAGCCCUCCAUUACAUCAUUUUGACUGCGGCUGAGUUAUUCGAGAUUCUGACAAAGGUGUCUGGAGAUUGAUGUCUGAGUGAAAUUUGUAUUUAUUAGGGGAAGUACCAAACAAGAAGCUUGCCUUGGCAUAUUUGUGCCAUAUAACAUCCCAACUAAUGUUAGAAUGAAUAUCUGUUUCUUCCUCUUCCAGAAUCUUGUUUAUUUGUAGCCUUUCCCUACCCUUUAAAAAACUGUUCUCGCUUCCCGUAGGGGCCAUUUUAUGCAAAUGUGCUCACUUUAUAUGUGUGUUUCUAAAAGCAUUCAUAAACACCAAAUCAGAUUGUCAUCGAGUAGGACAGACAAGCAAUGACACAUAUGCCUAAGAUGGCACAGGGGCCACUUGAUUCACUGAUUCACUCUUUCAAUCAUUUAUUC